CGUCAAGUCUAAAAUGGCCAGUGUUCAGGUGAGCCUGUAAAUCGCGCCCUCGGCCGUGCAGAGGAUGGUUGCCAACUAUAACCUCGAUGGUGGAGCUCGCUAGCACCAGAGGUUUUAUAACAAACAUGAGGGCGACCUACACCAAACACAGCUUACUGCACGUCUGCGUCCUGUCCUCUUUUAUCUUCCUGUUGUGUUCAACCUGCACCGGAGUUAAAGCCGGGGAGAAAAUGGCCUCCCAUCAGCCCACGGUGAGGCGCAGCCGCCGGAGUCAUCAGAGCGCAAAGCUCAGAGGGGCGCACCACCGGCCGCUGACGGACGAGCAGAAAGCGGACCAGAACUUGCAGUUUAUGUUGAGUUUAUACAAGAGCGCAGCCGAACCGGACGGCAGGCCCAAACAGCACCGAAAGUUCGGCUCCAACACGGUCCGUCUGCUCAGACCGUCGGCGUCCUCGGUGCGCUACCUGCCAGCGUCAAGUGACCACCACUGCAGCUUCACAGUAGAGUACAACCUCGACACACUUCCUUCAGAGCAGCUCAUCAGGGCCUCGUUCAUCCACCUCCGUUCUUCAUCCCCUUCUUCCCCCAACACAACCUCGAGCACCACCCAGGUCCUCGAGCUGCCCCGCUGCAGGGCUCAGAUCACCUCGCUGGGAACAGAGAGUCUCGUCACCAUGGAGGCGCACGAGCGGUGGACAGAGACGGACAUCACCGCGCACGUCCAGCAGGGAGUGGGGGGCCACCUGACCCUCACUGUCCUGUACUGGUGCACACAGCCGGGCAAUGCUGAAGAGGACAGCAGCCUCUUGUGGUGGUGGACUCGUCUUCAAGGAAGAAAAGUAUGGAGAGGUGAACCUGAUCUCGAAGUCCCGUCUCUUCUUUUAUACCUGGAGGAGGAACGGGAAGUGAAGGACUGGAUGGGGGACCUGCUUGGGGCUGAAGGGGAAAACCUCAUGAGGCAAAUAGGGCAGUGGCAUCCUUCAGCUCGCCGGCGCCGGCGCUCCAAAGACCCCACUUAUUCAGAGGCCAGAGAUCUCUCACUGGAUGCUCUAAAAAACGCGCCAACUUCCUCUUCCUCUUUUGCCUCCUCCCCGUCUGCCUCCAUCAUCUCCGAUAUCUCCGAUAUCCCCAACUACAAACGCAAAACCAGCAUGCCCAAGAACCGCUGCAAGCUCCACUCGUUUCGCCUCUCCUUCGAAAAGCUGGGCUGGGGUCACUACUUCAUUGCUCCGCCAUUGUACAACCCGCGCUUUUGCCAGGGCAACUGCCCGAGGGUGCUCCACUACGGCUACCACUCCCCUAACCACGCCAUCAUCCAGACAGUCAUCAACGACCUGGGCAUCGGGGACGUUCCUCUUCCGUCCUGCGUGCCCUUCAAGUACAUGCCCAUGAGCGUGCUGGUAGUGCACAAGAAAAUGGAGUACAGAGAGCUGGAGGACAUGGUGGCCGAGUCGUGCACGUGCCGCUAAAGCCUCGGGGAGCAGACUUGAAUGACUUGAAGAUGCCGAGCACUGAGAAAAGAGACUAUGAUGGGACAUUUGUUUGAUCUACAGCUUGGCGGCUAACCAUAACGAGCUUGAGACUGGAAGGAGGAAGUUGUGGUUACAGAUCUUCACCAUCCCUGUAAAUGCACUUUAAGAGGCAGCUGCUGAAUGCAACUCUGGCCUGUGCAGAACCACGGCUGUGCAGACAAGAGGCUGUCUAUUUACUGAUUUAUUUGGGGUUGUUUUUGGAAUAAUUGUUUAAAGCACUGUGCAGAUAGGUGAAUGUGCUGGUUGCUAUAUUCAUGAAUGUAGUUUUCCUACCGAGAUCCAAGGGAGCUGGUAAAUUUGGAAGCAUUUUAAGCUACUUGAGGGCAACUAACUAACUUUAAGUGGUAAUUUUACAAAGCAGAACCUAACUUCCAGGGUAACUUACAAAAUCUAUUUAACUCCUACAGUAACUUGAUAAAACUGAUUGAACAUCAAGAAAACUGGUCCAACUCCAGGAGUAACCACUGGUUUGUUUUGUAAUAUUAAUCUGAGCGAAUUGAAGAAAAACACAUUUAGAAUCCAUCUUUAGUAUCUAACCUGAAACUGCAGCAGUCUACGGAGUAUUUUCUUGUCUGUCUGUGUAUUCAUUUGUUUUGUUUUUCUGUAUACUUUUAAAAAAAAUCUGAUCUGUGUUUCACAUCAGUGCUGCAAUUCUGAACCAGCAAAAAAAACCUGUAUUUGUGGUUAAAAAAAAAAAUCUGUUUGCACUGUUCCUCUGUAAGAAAUUAACACUGCUAAAAAAAAAAAACUAUUUUAAAGAACGAGGGGUUGACCAUGCUGGAUGUAACUGUAAGGGCCUUUUGAAUGAAACAAAAUGAAGAAAAAGGUAUUAAGAAAUGUUAACAUUGUUGAUUGUUAAUGAAAUCAAAUGGAGGAGUUGUAGUUGUGGGAGUAAUGCAAUUUUUAUUACCAGUGAAAAUGAAUAAUAAAAUAAAAUGCAUGUUUUCUAAAAACAAAA